AAUGACGGARAGUGUUGUCCGACGGACCAGCAGCAUCCGCCGGAGUUGUCAAUAKAGAACACGUGUGUUCAACCAAUGAUCAAACUUCGCACAUACAACUAAAACAUGCCGAAGGCGGGGAAAGGUAAACCAACUCAGAAGGAGAAGGUGUGUCAUCCCUAUAGCAGGAAAGCUGCUUACCUGGCCAGCCAGGAGAUACGUCUGGGAAAGAAGGAGAGACAAAAGAGUGAGAAGGCCACUCGUCUCAACAGCAUUGGUGA